AUGACACCGGAUUAUCGUUACCCGCCUGCCUCACAGCUCUUUUCUUCGCCUUCAGACUCUUUUUAUCCCGACACACUUGCUCCCGGCGGGCGCAGGGACCAGCAAGACACGCCAGAGAGCUGCUCUUUUCCUGCCACUGUCAUGUCCCCGCAGUCAGCGGCGAGCGGUGCGAGGGCUGCUGUCUAUCCUUUCAUGUUGUCAAAAAUCCAGCCUUCGAAAAGAUAUCUCGCGGUGUCUGCACAGUCCGUAUACGGUGGGCCUUACGCAAAUAUACCCGUGCUCGCCCGAAUAUCCGUUAUAGACUAUCGAGGAAAUGUUCUACUGGAUACUCUUGUUCGUCCGACUCUCCCAGUGACCAACUUCCGUUACAGCGAGACUGGUCUACAGACUAACCAUUUCGCCUCUGCUCCGACCAUCGAUGAAGUCAAACGACAAGUGGCCACUCUCAUAAGUGGAAAGAUCCUCGUCGGACAUAGUCUCUGGGAAUUCCUCUCGGCUCUACAGAUAUCGCACCCCGCCAAUAACACUCGCGACCUCGCGCUCUUCGACCACUUGCGCCGAUUGCUCCAAUGCAGACAUAUCCUCUCCUUGCCCAUCCUCGUCAAUAGGAUACUAGGAAGAGAUAUCGGCCUGAUCACUGAAGAUCCGACGGAGAACGCGCGUGCGGCGAUGGACUUGUAUAGGUUUAGUGAGGUGAAUUGGGAGAGUACGCUGGAGAGAGGGGGAUGGCCUUGUGUUUUGCCUCCGGCAGCGGCUGCUGGGUGUUUUACCUGA